CUUGUGUUUUAUGUAAACAUAAUCUCGAAUUGUGUGAUAUUUUAAGUUCUCACCGACACAAGAGCAAUAGCUAUAUUGUUCGGACAGGUUGUCUUGUGUUUUAGGUAAAAUUUCAUAAGUACAAACUUGUCCUUAGGUAAUUUCAGUUCUUUCUAUUAUUGAAUAAAAUUUUGGGGCAAAAGAGUAUAAGUACAUUAUUGUGAAGUAAUAUCAGAAGGACACACUCAAGAAAACAAGUCUCUAGAAACAACAGAGAAUCGUUGUAAUAACAGAAAGAAAAUGGGUCGCAGUUCCAAAGACAAACGUGAUGUUUAUUAUCGUCUUGCCAAAGAGGAAGGCUGGAGGGCAAGAAGUGCUUUUAAGCUCAUCCAGAUUAAUGAAGAAUUCAAUAUUUUUGAAGGUGUAACUCGAGUUGUGGAUUUGUGUGCUGCUCCUGGUAGCUGGAGCCAAGUGUUAUCUCGUACAUUAAGGAGUGCUUCACCAGACCCAGCAAGUGUGAAAAUUGUUGCAGUAGAUUUACAGGCAAUGGCACCUUUACCAGGGGUAGUUCAGAUUCAGGGUGAUAUAACAAAGACCAGUACAGCAGAAGCCAUCAUAAGCCACUUUCAGGGAGAGACUGCACAGUUAGUGGUCUGUGAUGGGGCGCCUGAUGUGACAGGACUGCAUGACCUAGAUGAAUAUGUUCAAGCUCAGUUAUUACUAGCUGCACUGAACAUAACUACUCAUGUGCUAAAGCCAGGUGGAACUUUUGUUGCAAAAAUUUUCCGAGGAAAGGAUGUCACAUUACUUUAUUCACAACUCAAGGUAUUCUUUCGGUACGUCAGUGUAGCAAAACCAAGAUCGUCUAGAAAUUCUAGCAUUGAGUCGUUUGUUGUUUGUAAGGACUAUGGGCCCCCUCCUGGUUAUGUACCAACCAUGGUGAAUCCUUUACUUGAUCACAGCUACCAAGGAUCAUGGCAGGAUUUGGAAGGUGUUAAUAGAGAAAUAGUACCAUUUUUAGCUUGCGGUGAUCUCUCAGCAUAUGAUUCAGAUAUGACAUAUCCUUUACAGACCGAGGAAAGUAAGCCAUAUUCAUAUCUUCCACCAACACAGCCUCCAAUAAGCCCAGCCUACUCAACAGCAAUAGCAAUGAAACGCAUGAACUUACAAGAACCAGCACCUUCCUGUGAUGGCAGUUCUAAUGAAGCAUCUAUAAAUAAAGAAAGGAGUGAGGCAGCAGAAAUUUCAGAAGUUUUGCAGACUGAAGGCAGCACAUGUUCUGAAACUGUAGAUGUUGCUGAAGAAAAAUUACAGCAGUUAAAUAUUUAAGCAUCUUUAUAUGCAGAAACAUUCUAACUUCAUCUUAAUCAUACUAGUAGGGUUGGAGAAUGUAAGUGCUGAUUAAACUUGGGAAGGGCUCUUCCCUUGUCUUACCAGCCACAAUGCCUGCUACUGUCUUGGAUACAUGGUAACAGUAUGCCAAUUGAAGGUUCUGAAAGGAGGGAAUUCCCAGUAAAAUCAGAGUGUAUUUGUGAAACAAAGUAUUUUUAUACAAUUAUUCUCCAUACAGCAACACCUUUUUGUUUUACUCAGAUUACUGAUUAGGUAGCACUUGCCUUUCAUUUGAGAGUUCUGGGUUUGAUCCUGAUGUGAGUUAGCAAUUAAUUUCAAAGAAUCUUACCAAUGAGGCUGUCAUCUUUUGCCUUCUUGUUGUACUCUGUUUAGUGAUAACUGAAGAAUUUGUUUUGUGAGAAUAUGCCAUAGUCCAACAGUGGCCAGCUUUUUAAGUUCCUGGUGUGCCAUCCAAAUGAUGGGAGUCAGGGUUGGGGUUCUGCUCAUCACAAAAAUGACAAAUUUUUAAAAAUAAUUUGUAUCUUUCAUAACAACCAGUAAAACUGCAGUAUUACUAGUAGCUUUCAACAUUGGCAGUUAACACAAAGUAUAAAUUUAACAUUUGGUGAUAAUGAAGCAUGGUUGCAGUUGCUUUAAAGUCAGUAGAGAAAAGCUGAUGUAGGUACCCUUUGUUAUUGUUUGUUUGUAUGGUGCUUUUACAUUGCAUGGAACCAGUGGUUAUUCAGCAAUGGGACCAACGGCUUUACGUGACUUCCGACCACAUCAAGAAUGAACUUCUAUCACCAGAAAUACACCUCUCUCGCUCCUCAAUGGAAUGUCUGAGAAUUGAACCCUCGACCACCGAGGUGGGAUGCCAACGCCAUACCAACCACGCCACUGAGGCGCUCCUUUGUUAUUGACAUGAGAGAAACCAUCUUAAGAUUAGUGGCAAGUAGUUUGAUGUUUGGCUCGUCCACACUGCAAUCCAUUGUUGCUGAGGAUGAACUCUUUACGUUCUGUUCUGUCCAUCCAUUUAGGACCAGGGAGAACUAGGUAGUGGCUGCUGAUGGCUCAGCAGAUGCCCCUACAUGUUCCACAAAAACCCCUAUCUCCUUAGCUCAGGUUCUGCUGCCAGUGAAAUCUGAGCAUCAGCAGGCCUUGAACUUGGGAUCACUACCACUGUGAAGUCCAGAUACUAUUACAAGCUGAGCGCUGAGCUACCACAAAAUAUGGGUUCUGCUUAUGAUUUACUAUUAUCCACACUAUCUGCUCCCUAUAGUAGAUUCAGAAUAAAACAGAAUUUAGGCCAAUGCCAACUGCUGGGACCUAUGAGGUCAUUCAGCACUGAAAGGGAAACUGACAGUAAGGAGGUUUGACAGGAAGAAAACAUUGCAGUUACAAUAUGAAACAAUUGUCAGAGAGGGUGGAGAGUCAGAUGGAAGAAAGAGAAUAUGAACAGCUGUACGGUAAAAGGAAUGAAAGACGUUGCAGCUAGGGACCGAAGGGAAGCUGCAGAGACCCUUAAGUAAUGCCUACAGUGCACCACUUGAGGUGCACUGACAGCACUAACCCUGUGAAGGGCCUACAGUAGGUUUAGGUGUGAAUCUACUGCAGAUAAGUAUGGACUACUUACUAGCCCCCCAAUUAUGUAGUACAAGGAAUUGGUUUAAAGUCCACUCAUGUAAGUUUGAAUUGGCAAAAGAUGGAAAACUCCAUAUUAAUACAUUAUAAUAUAUAUUUUAAUAAAGAUACACUUAUAGUUUCUUUUCGAAUUGUUGUAUUAAUACCAAUACAACAAAAAUUAACAAAAUAUGUAUGUAUAAUAGUACAGCAUAUGUAGUAAUCAUCUACAAAAAAGAAAAAAAUAUGGCUACCUCAUACUCUCUCUCAUACAUACAAAAUUACAUUAUGCAGUACGUAUUGUCAUAUAAGAAAAAAUUAAAUAUUGGCUAGUACACACUUUAAAAUAAAAGUUAAACUG